AUGUCUCCAAUGGCUGUAUCAGAUCGCCGAACACACAGCAUCGCUUGCAUACCUGCUGAUGGUAUAGGGCCGGAAGUUAUCUCAGCCGGCGUUGAGGUGUUGAAAACUGUCGCAGCUGCUGAUGGCACGUUCGACUUGACUUUUGAAGAUUACGACUGGUCUUCUGAAACAUACAAGCAGACCGGCAAAUAUAUUCCAGAUGGUGGGCUUGACCAGUUAAGGAAGCACGAUGCCAUCCUCUUUGGGGCAGUAGGAGCACCAGCAAUCUGCCAGCCUUUUCAACAGUACGCUAAUGUACGGCCUACGAAGAUCUUACGAGGCACCCAGUCACCUUUGCGGAAUGCAACCAGUGGAGAUCUCGACUGGGUGAUCAUUCGGGAGAACAGCGAAGGUGAGUAUGCCGGACAAGGCGGAAGAUCACACAAAGGCAUGCCGUGGGAAGUCGCCACAGAAGUCUCCAUCUUCACCAGACACGCAGUCGAGCGACUCAUACGGUUUGCCUUCGAAAUAGCACAGAGCAGACCUCGAAAACAUAUCACAGUCGUGACAAAGAGCAAUGCUCAACGGAACGGAAUGGUCAUGUGGGACGAAGUAGCAAGCGAAGUUGCCAAGGACUUCUCAGACGUCACGGUAGAGAAAAUGCUGGUGGACGCGAUGACUUGCCGAAUGGUGCUUCAACCAAAAUCGCUCGACACGAUCGUCGCCACGAAUCUGCACGCUGAUAUUCUGUCUGAUCUUGCGGCUGCUCUUGCGGGAUCUAUCGGUAUUGCGCCUACCUCUAAUCUGGACCCUACUCGGAAGAACCCCAGCAUGUUUGAGCCAAUUCAUGGUUCAGCGUUCGAUAUAACAGGCAAGGGUGUCGCAAAUCCCGUGGCGACUUUUUGGACAGCAGCUGAGAUGCUAAAAUGGCUGGGCGAACAUAACGCUGCUGAGACUCUGCUGGAGUGUACGGAGAAAGUCUGUGAGAGUGGUCUUGUUACAAGAGAUCUGGGCGGUACUGCAAACACAAAGGAAGUCACGCAGGCUGUGUGCGAGCAGAUCAAGAAGGCUUAUGCGACGACGGCAAAGGCUAGCAACUAG